CCCAAUUAAGCCUUUCAAUUUUUUUGUAGAUCACCAACACCCACCUUUGCUUUUAUUGCGUAGGAAAAAGCUUUGGAUUAAGGAACCUAAAUCAAUGGAGUUUUAUGCAUACCCAUCUCGUUUCUCUAUGUCAUCUUUGUCUUUGUUUGGGAAUUUCUUUGAAAGAGUCAAAGAUUUCUGCACUUUCGCCGUUUCCGCCAUUCUUGGGAACAUCUUCUCGGCGAUCUUCACUUUCUUCUUUGCAUUAGUGGGCACUUUGUUGGGGGCCAUGACUGGAGCUUUAAUAGGGCAAGAAACAGAGAGUGGAUUUGUUCGAGGGGCUGCAGUUGGAGCCAUUUCUGGAGCUGUUUUCUCCAUUGAAGUCUUUGAAUCUUCUCUUGUUCUUUGGCAGUCUGAUGAAUCUGGAAUUGGGUGUCUCUUGUACUUGAUUGAUGUGCUUGCAAGCCUUCUGAGUGGGAGACUUGUGCGCGAAAGAAUUGGUCCAGCCAUGCUCAGUGCUGUUCAGAGUCAGAUGGGAGCUGUUGAAGUAAACUUUGAGGACAUGCCUAACAUCUUUGACACCGGCUGCUCAAAAGGAUUAACUGGAGAAUCUGUUAACAAGAUUCCAAAGAUCACAAUUGGUACAGACAACAAUGUAGACGAUUCUGGGGAAAAAGUCUCUUGCUCAGUUUGCCUUCAGGAUUUUCAGCUUGGAGAGACGGUUAGAAGUUUGCCUCAUUGCCAUCACAUGUUUCACCUACCUUGCAUAGAUAAGUGGCUCCUCAAUCAUGCUUCAUGCCCAUUAUGCAGAAGGGAUCUGUAAUGCUGUUCUUUGUAAAUUACUCGGUAGAAAAAAAGAAAAAAAAUUAUUUUAUUAUUUAUACGAUGAUCGCCUCUAGGUUUCUUGUAUUUUGUCCCACUCUUGUAUUUUGUCCCUCUCAAACAUGCUGGUUACUCCUCUGCUUCUCGCCUUUUCUGUGGUACUUCAACUAUGCCUCAGUUAGGAUCUCUGUAUUUGAUUUUGAUGAUCCAUAUGUAUAAAAAUUUUGAGUUAAUAUCGUCUUUAAGUUCAUUCUUCAUAA